UUAUAAAAAAAAAAAAAAAAAAAAAAAAUUAUUGAUUAUUUUGUUUUUAUACUAUACAUUAUUUCAAUAGGUCGCUACAAUGUCAGCUUGCCAACCUUCACAUGCUCAACAUGCCAUAUGAGCAGAACGACCAGCAUCCCACAACUGAUCAAGUCUGGUUACUGGCCUGCCACAGCAAGCUGUGAAACACUGUAUAAAAUUGAUGUGUUUGUGUCAUAUGACCACAUGAAAUUGACUGCUCCUGGACUUUCUAGACAGUCCUUCAUCAGUUUAUUGGAACAGCGGACGGAGUUCUUUGGCCGAGAUGGAAAGAUCUGCACAGAUGCUUUUCAAAGAAGUUUUUUCGAAUGGAGAUACUGCCAGUUCGAAAUUGAUCAGCUCUGUGGACUGAAAGUGUUUGACUGUCCAGCCUGUUCUCCAUUUAUGCUUGCUGUGUCAGUAGAUGGUAACAGGAAAUUGUAUCGCUUCAAAAGAGGGGCUGAAGAUCAUGGUCUGUUCAAGGGUGUCUUUGUCUGUGAGGAUGAAGAUGUUUCCAAGUUCGUGGACUACAUUAAUAAGAAGACAAAGCACUCCGCUGGAAAAGGUGUCUGUGGAUCGAGUCAGUGGACUGCAGCACGGGAGUCCAUCCCAAAGAAAAUCAGCAAGCUGGAUGAGGAGGGGAUGGAGGUGGCUGUCUGUCGGCAUGGUGUGCUGCUGAGAAGUCUGAACAUGAUGAGGGGGGAAAUAUUUGCAUAUCCUUUGUUUCUCCAAAAGGAGCUGACUCCAAGGAAUGUUCAGUUCAUGUGCACUGACGUAAUAUGCAAGUACUGGCCAUACCUGCAGAGAGUUGUUAAUGAUUGUCCAGAGCUUUCUCCUCUCCUGCACAUGAAGCCAUUCCUGUCAGUGAUGCAUGCAAAGGCCCACUCUUGGAAAUGUGAGAUUAAGUGGGGUGGCCGAAACCAAGAAGGAGCAGGCACCACCUUGGGUGAAGAGGUGGAACAAGUAAACAGCUUCUUGUCGAGAACUGCUAUAUGCAGUAAAUACAUGACCAAAGGAGCUAGGACAGACAUGAUUACUAUCCAGGCCAUGGCAUGGAAUCAACGCAAAAUUGACAACCUUGCAAACGUGCUGUCCCGAAGAUUAAUAAAGACAAAAGCACAAAUUCAGGAGGAGUCCCUAAACCUUGAUGCACUAAAGACAGAGUUUGAAGUAACCGAUGACACGCUUAAAGACUGGACCAGUGAAAUCCAGCAGUGGGCUGAUACAGCAACAAGUAAGGAGAAUGCAAGCAGUCAACAGGGACUCCAGAAGACAAUUGAGACUCUUUAUGUGAGCAUCAGGCAGAGGAAGCGAGAUCUUUACCGUCAAACAGAUGGAAACAAAAGAAGACACAAACUCCGUAGAAAAAUUUUGGAGGAAAAGGCCAAAUUUAGUGCAGCUGUAGAUGAGUACAACAGGGAAGCACCUGAAAAGCUGCAGUCAGCUGACACAGUUCUGGCAUCUGAGAGCUAUGCAUGGCCAUGGGUACUGGAUGAGCGUGAUAAUCUUGUCACCAAAAAAAGGGCCUUUGACCAACUGAUGCUGCUGAAGCGCCUUACCGAAGAGGAGUGCAUUGUCCUGAAUGAAAUCAGGAAUCACUGGAAAAGCCUCAAAAAGGAUCUAUCUCUUCUAAAUGACCUUUCAUGUCAUGUUGCUGUUGAUAUAAAAAAGAACAAACAGGACUCUGGACUUUCCAAAAGUGGAAUUCUGGGACUUCACGCUCUACUACAGAAAAAACUAUGCUACCUAAAAAGUCACAUCUCCUCGGUUCAGCAACUGUAUGGUAGUGUCCUAGACAAUUGUGAGGUGUGUGAGAAACUGCAAGAUGAUGAUUACCUUGACAUGGAUGAGGAUUAUAUCCAGUAUGGUUCAGAGGAUGAGGAGGAGGAUGAAGAUGAAGUUUCAUUUGAAAUUUAAAAACUUUGUAAAUCAUUACUGUGGAAAAACUGAGCAACAUACACUAAUUUAUGAUACUCAUUUAAUUUCCAUUAAAUCUUAGCUGUCUAUAUUACUUGAUAAAACACUGACAAGGUGUUGUGUAAAUGUGUAAUCCUACUGUUAAAUUUCAUAAUUUACAUGGUAAAAAUUACACUGUAAAACAUUACUUGCACUAUUAUUUAUUGUAAAAUAGCUUCUUGAUGUAACAAACCUGUAAUAUUCAUGACUAUCUGUACAUUGUUUUACCAAAAUGUACCAAAUUCAUAACAAAUUCAGACAGAGAACCUGCCAACCAAUUUUAUUGUUUUCAGUAUGAGUGUGCUGAAGAUUUUAUGUAAUGGGGUAGAUGUUUGAAAAUGCAUGUACUGUAUGUGUUUGCAGUGACCUGUCCAAUAAAUGUGCUAAACUGCUUUGCUCUAGAGCUGAUAUGUAACUAAAAUGCCUACCUAGGUCCUUUUUCAUCCUUGCCCUAAUAGACUGAUUGACAACUGGUUAAUCUGAUUUAUAGCCCAUUUCAGGUGAGUACUAUUGGAUCUGUGUGUAAUGAUUCAAACUCAGGAUCUUAUUUCAGGCUUAAGACUGUUUUCAGAAGCUUACAUGUGCCACAUCUUUUUAAAAGCCUAAAAACAGCUCAAACAUGCAGUUUAUUCCAAGCCUUGUCUGUGAA